UUUAGUUGGGGUUUUUGAUGCAUUUUUUGUCAAGAACUGCACAGACCUGCGUUCUAGUGCCAAGAACUGCACACAGCAGGAUUCCAUCCCGGUUAAUCUUUAACCUAAUGUCAUCCUUUUUUGCAACACUGUUUGUCUCUUGCAUUAUGCGUUAUAUUCUUUUUCUGUGUCUGAGUGUGGACACCACUGGCAAGACAGAGUAAGGGGACGAUAAAGGCAGUAAAAACAAAGAAGACGAGGAUGGCAGGAGUAUGGAAAUGUAUGCUAACGCUGUUGUUGUUGAUAUUUGUGUGUCUCUGGGGAGCUACUGAGGCUGUAGGUGGGGCAAAGAGUCGACCUAGACCCAAAAGACCACCUCGCAAGAAGCCCAAGGUCGAACCUCUCGAUCUGACGUCAGCUCAGAAGAAUAUAGACAUUCAACAGAUGACAGGGAUGUGGUAUUUGCUCAACAUUGCUUCCAAAUGCUCUUAUCUAAUCAAUCAUGGCACCAAAGUGGAACCUACAGUCAUGAGUCUCACAUUACCCCCCACCUCUGACCAAUCACUGUUGGUUAGCACUAAAACACGUCAUAAUCAUCAGUGUUGGGAGAUUUUGCAGAAGUACAAUCUAACCCCGACGCCAGGACGGUUGACACUUCCAGGGUCUCGACCUGAGCUGAACACUGACAUUGUGAUUGGAGAGACAGACUACAACUCCUAUGCCAUCCUGUAUUAUCAGAAACAAGGCAGAACCACCAUGAAACUCUAUGGAAGGUCAAUUGACAAGCUAGAAGAACCAUUGCUAACCAAGUUUGAGCAACUUGCUGAAAAACAAGCUUUGGGACUGGCAUUUCUCUUCCCGUUCCCGACCUACAGUCACUGUGGGGAUGUGGACCAGCAUCACAAAAUCAACUGUGUCCCCAUGUGCUGA